UCCACGCUGCUUCCGGUGUGCGGAUUGCCGACACCUGAGGCCGGAGCGGAGCGGAGGGGGUGUGGGCAUGUUUGAGGAGCAGGACUGGAACGAUGACGCGGAGGCCAGGACCCUGACUGACGCCGUCUUUCCCAAGCAGGCGUCCUUGCACUGCCUCAGUAACUGGAACACCCAGAGCAAGAGGAAGAAGCAGAAGCUUCUGGAAACGCUGAAGAUGCUGAGGGCAGCGGGGGCACCUGAGGGGAGCCCGGCAGACGCAGAGGCCGACCUCGAGCACGGCACAGCAAGGAAAACCGGGGGCAGGAAGAGGAAUCGCAGCAACCGAGGAAAGGAGGGCAGAGGCGGAGAGUCCGGGUGGUCAGGCGAGCCGCGCGCGCGGGGGCCGGAGACUGGGCUGGAAGAGCCGGCCAAACCAGGGCCAGAGGAGGAGGAGCGGAGACGGGCAGCCGGCGGGGAUGGGCUGGGGGGUGCCCGGGUGGGUGAAGCCUCCCGCAGCCUGGCAGGAAGCACGGGAGCAGGAACGCUCACCCGGAAACAGUGGAGGAACAGGAGGAAAAACAAACAGAGGAACAAGAACAAGUUCCGCCCGGUGGACGUGCGCCCGGCCCAGGGGGAGUGCGACAGCACAGACACAGUACAAGAGGGGGGCAGUGUUGCUGUCAUCCCCAGAUCCCCAGGGAAGGAGACUCGGCGGAAGGGGCCGGCGGAAGAGGCGGUGGGUGUGGAGGAGCCUGCCGUGCUCUCCACGCUGCCCCAGUCCUCAGACCGCUCCACCGCGCUCCGGACCAAGAUGCAGGAACGGCUGAAGUCCGCGCGCUUCCGCUUCAUCAACGAGCAGCUGUACACGUCGAGCAGUGCGGCGGCCAGGAAGCUGUUCGCACAGGACGCCAGCGCCUUCCGGCUGUACCAUCAGGGCUUCAAUGCACAGCUGCAGCACUGGCCCCAGAACCCCGUGGACUGCAUCAUCCGAUACCUCCGUAACAGGCCGCGCUCUGCUGUUGUAGCUGACUUCGGCUGUGGAGACUGUAAGAUCGCUCGGAGUGUGGGCAACAAGGUGCACUCGUUUGACCUGGUGGCAUUGAGUGAGCAUGUGACCGUGUGUGACAUGGCGAAGGUUCCUCUCUCUGAUGAAUCAGUUGACAUUGUGGUCUUCUGUCUCUCACUGAUGGGCACCAACCUUGUGGAUUUUCUGAUGGAAGCCAACCGUGUCCUCAGAGUUGGGGGAAUUUUGAAGAUCGCUGAAGUGGCCAGCAGGUUUGAAGAUGUUCGGCGUUUCAUCGGCAUCCUGGGAGCCCUUGGAUUUAAGCUGCUUUCAAAGGACACAGAGAACGGCUACUUCUACAUGUUUGAUUUUGGGAAGACUGGGUUGCCCAGGGAGAGGAGUAAACUCCCUCAGCUGGAGCUGAAGCCUUGCCUGUACAAAAAGCGUUGACCUAUGUGAAUGAGCCAAGGACCAUCAGAGGCAGGAGUUCCAAACUGGGGCUAAUUCUCAGAGCGGCUGAGAGAGAGUGAGGGUCUUGUCGUGAACUCAGGUCACGUGAAAACCAGACUGGAAAAUGAAAUCUCAUCUGAGAUGCUUUGUGCCCUGUGACUCUCUUAUGUUCUGCCUGAUGGAGGAGUUCAGUCAGUGUGUGAGGCUGUGACAGGGGACUCACUCACGGUUAGUCAGUGAUGAGGCUGUGAUAGGGGACUCCUCACUCAGUGAAUCCCUGCAGUCACGAACGAUUAUGACACUUUGUAUUCUUCAUGUCCCCAGUGGUUGAAGAGAUGCGUUUGAUCCCUUUCCAACUCCACACACGUGAGUCCGCAGGAUGAACCCCAACACGGGCUCUGGACUGGCACUGAUGUGCCUCUCUCUCUCCAGGACACCAUCUGUGAGUGGUUCCCAGCACAAAUUCCUGUUGAUUUUGUUUGACAAUCACGGUCUUGGUGGUGGCUAAAACUGAAUGACAAACAGCUAAUGCAGGAGAUGUAGGAGGACAUCAUUGGCCCUCCGACUUGUGUCCGUCUGGUGCAGGGGAGGGGACAAGAGUUCCAACCACCGCAUGUUUCAGCGCUGUACUGCAGUACACUGCAGGAAUGACAUUCCUUUGGAACUUACAGUGAAAGUUAUUCGUUUUCCAGGACCAGGGCACCCCUGGCGGGGCACCACUGGCAGAACAACACCCAUCCCUGAUUGCCCUUGGCAAGGUCCUUUGAGCAGCUGCAGUCCGUGUGGUGAAGGUGCUGUCACGGCACUAUUGGGGGAGGGAGUUCCAGCAUUUAAAUCCAGUGAAAUAUUUCCAAGACAGUGUUGUGUGGUUUGUAGUGCUCCAAGAAUGGAAUUGUGGAUGGAAUGUUUGCAGUCUUGGGGCUAAGGGCAUAGAGUGGUGGAAGGGCAUUGACUGGGUUGCUCCACAGAGAGUCAGCAGGGGCUGGAAGGGCCAAAUAUCCCCUGUGCCAUAAUGACUGUGAUCCUGAGAAUGUGAAGCAGACCAGUUACUCAGUCUGUGAGAUCACUGAACUCCUUGUGUGGACAGUUCCCAGAGGAACAUGUGAGUACAGCGGCUAGAGAGGGAGGAGGUCUCUCUGCCUUCUGCCUCCCUGGAAUUGGUCUCUGUUUUGUUUCUGAAAGUGGAGAUGGCUGGGAACCAGAGACUUCUCCAUCCUGAGGUGUGCCCCUCAAGUCAUUCAUGUGUUCUCUCCCCCCCAAAAAAAUCAGCUGUUUCCAUCUCUCUGCAACUCCAUUGUCUUCAACCAGUGAUCCAAACGAACCUUGGUAAAACCUCACCUGCUGCUGCCCAGAGGAGGCCAUUUGGCCCACUCUGCCUCUGCUGCUUCUUGGAGAGACACUCAAUGAUUCCCCCUUCCCCAUUGCCCUGCACAAUUUCUCCUUGUCUGGUAUUAAUCUCCUUGGCAGGUUCCUGUUGAAUCUGCUACCUCUGCCUUUCAGGUACCGAGCCCAGAACACAGCAAUGCUGCAGAAACAAAAGUACUCCCUAUGCCAGCUCUGCGUGGCACUCGAAGUAUAAAUGUGCCCUCUAAAUAUUAUCCCGACUCCCACUGGGAGGGCACUCUUCUUUAUUGAAUAAUUUCAUGUCUUCAACACAUGUAUCAAAUGUUUUGCUGUGCCCUGUCUGGAGUAAUCAGUCGCUCCAACCUUGUCAUGUGGCAAGUCCUUCAGACCUGGAGCUAGACUGAACGUUCUGACAAAACCCUGGUGUCGUCCUUGACCUUGAGGUAAAUGUUCCAUUUUAUUUAUUCAUUGUACAGGAUGUAGGCAUCCCCAGCAAGCCCUGUGUUUAUCACCGUCCCUGACUGCCACUGAGAAGGUGGGGGUGAGCUGCCCCUUGAACCGCUGCAGUCCUGUUGACGGUGGUCCCACAGUGCUGUUGGGGAGGGGCUUCCAGGGUUUAGAUGAUGAAACUGUGUACAGGCAACUCUGUGUUACGGGGGCACAGGGCUUGUGUUCCGAGAAAUCUGUCCGUAUCACCAUCUUCCAUAACGCGAAGCUGCAUCAUUUAGGCAGUCAUCAAGAAUUGUGAGCUGAAAAAGAGGAGAGAAAAGAGAGUACGGAUGCCAGAAUCCGGAGCAGAGUGUGAGCUGCUGUAGGAACUGUCGGUCGGGCAGCAUCUGUGGAGGGCGAGGGAAUUGUCCACGUUUUGAGCUGUGAUGAAGGGUCUCAAUCUGAAGUGUCGACUGUCCAUUUCCCUCAACAGAUGCUGCCUGACCGCUGAGUUCCUCCAGCAGCUUGUUUUUCGCAGUUUAAAAAAAAUAAAUUUUGUAUGGAUUUCUUUUUCACAUAAAU